AUGUCGUCACAUAAUUUACCUGUUAUAUUAGUAAGCGCAUCUGAUAAUAUUGUGUCGACAAGUAUAAUAUCAGAGUUAAUUGAUAAUGAAAUAGAAGAUAAUGUGAGUAAGGAGGCAGGAUGGCGAGUUUGGCAGCUUGUUAACAAGUACUAUACAGCCCAGGUGAGAGUGCUGCCUGUAAUUGAUGGUGAGGAACUGCCCAAGGUUGAAGCUGAAGCACAUGUUAUCUACCUUGCAGAAAAUGAAGGAGCGGACGUUGCAGAAGCGCGUGAAGUACGGGCGGCAAGCGUACUGCGACGCGGUGCCGUGCGCCUCGCACUAGCAGACACAGUCGACGCUACUGAGGCGCUGGUGUCGUGGGGUCUGCGCGCCCGGUACGAGAUGGUGGCGCUGCGCGGGGAGCCAGACGAGGGGGAGGGUGUGGGCGCGGCGGAGGGCGCGGGGUGGGGGCGGGCGCGCGGCGCGCUGCACGCGCACGUGUGGCCCGGCCUGCGCCGCCGCGCGCCGCACCGCGCGCCGCCCCUCGCCCUCCCGCAGCGCAACGCAGAUGAUUCGGAGUCGUCGGACGGCGGCGGAGCGGAGUCCGAGGAGGAGGAGGAGGAGGAGGAGGUCGCGGUGGAGCGCGCGGAGGCGUUCGCGGACGCGCUGGGCGUGCUCGCUGCGCUCGCCGAGCGGCGCGACGAGCGCGGCGAGCACGAGCACGACGAGCUGCGCCGCGAGCGCGCCGAGCAGCUCGUUGCCGCCUUCUGCCGCGCGCUCGGACACGACCUACACUCUUGUUGA